AUGUUCCAAGACAUUGGUCUGACGUGGGGGAUGGAUAAGUGCGCGGGGGUUGACCUUGUCAGGGGGAAACUCCAGCACACCCAGGACACCAACCUUUCAUCAAAUGAAAAGCUUAAAAUGCUGGAUGAAACUGACACCUAUAAAUUCCUUGGGAAAUUCGAGAACUCCAAGCAACUUGAAGAUCAGGUUUUCGAGGAAACAAGCAGAGAAUACCUGAAAAGGUUAUCCGUUAUCUGGACCAGCAAUAUAUCUAUACCUAGGAAAAUCAGAGGCACCAACACUUUUGCUUUACCAGUCCUCCAAUAUCAAAUGUGGACAGGAGAUUGGACCAUCGAUGGUUUGAAAACUCUUGACAGACGAACCAGAGAAAUAAUCAAAGACAACGGUGGAAUGCACAAGAGCGAAUCUACAAAACUGCUGUACCUUCCAAGCAGCCUAGGAGGAAGCGGUCUUAAAAGUGUAGAAGACACAUACAAGGUGACAACUAUCAAGGCAGCAAAUUAUAUCAACAACUCGACAGACACAAGAAUCAAACUUGUAAGAUCAUUUGAAAAACUCAAGGCCGAAGAGGGACGAAAGUCAGUAUUUAAACAAGCCACAAAGUAUGCCCUAGAAUACAAUAUCGAAUGCACCUUUACUGAAACAGGAACACUGUUAACAACAGAAAGUAAAACUACACAAGUCAACUUGGCAAGCCCACGAGCUAUCAAAGAUACAUUAAGUAAAGCUGUGAUCAAAAAGAUCUCUGAAGAACUACACCAACAGAAAUGGCUCGGAGAUCUAACCACCAAACAACAUCAAGACCUGAAUAUAUCGGAUAACACCUACCAGAUCCACACAACAUGGAAGAAUGUACCAGACAUAGUAUGUAGCGUCAACAAGACCAUCAGACAGCAACUACUACCAACAAAGACCUACUACGAAACCAAGCUACUAAAACAAGUCCUCGACAAGAGAUGCCGCAUGUGUAAUACUUCAACCGAAUCAACGACACACGUAAUGUGUGCUUGCUCCAGAAUAGCACAAACUCUAUAUAAAGCCAGACACGAUAAACUGCUUCGACCUUUGUACCACUACUUACUUUACAAAUACCGGUUCCAAGAAAGUGAUCACUCAAAACCAUGGUACCAGCAAAGAUUACCAGAAGGUAAAAUCGAAAACGACCACGCAAAAAUCUUAUGGGACGUACCCUUCUACCUCGAAAGAGCCCCUAAAGAUGGCGCUAAUAAACCCGACAUCGCAGUCCUGGAUAAAGACAACAACACCUGGAUACUCAUCGAAGGAACAGUGUGCAGCGUGGGGACCAUAGGAGACCGUUCAAAAACAAAAGAAGAGAAAUACUCUGAUUUACGAAUGGGAUUAAGAUCGUURUAUAAAGAAUGUACUGUCACUCAGAUAAACAUUGUCUUUGACUUCCUUGGAGGGUACUAUCCCCAGCUAGAACAAGGGAUAAACAUCCUAACAGACGAUAGAAAAGAAACAACUUUCAUCAUAACAAAAUGCCAAAAAUGGCUCCUAUCGCAAAAUGCUGAAAUAGUUAAGAAAUUCUAUGAGUUUAUUUAA